UUCCUCUUUUGUAACAAAAAAAACUGAACCCAGUAAUCGUUUUUCUUAUUUUCCCCAAUCUUUUGUGUUCCCUCCCUAUGUAGUAGGCAUUAAUACCAUGCCAAUUUUACGGUUAUGUCCUUACAUCCACCACAUUCCUCCAAUCAGAGCGUGCGCCGACGGCGGCGGCCACGAAACGGGCUCAAAGCCAGUUUCAUGGAGACCCAAGGUGAGCCCUCAGCUGAACCGCUGGUCCAGGGCUCGAACCAUACGCUCCGGUCGCAAAUUGGACCGGUCUAGUUCCCGAACCCAGACACUGGAACCCAACCACCAUCCUCCUCCACCUUCUCUCCCGGUCGACCCAGAUGGCGCCGUCGGCGUAGACGGCGGGGAUUUCAGCUCUGCCAAGUCCAUCUAUAUCGUCUCCGACGGAACCGGCUGGACCGCCGAACACUGCGUUAACGCCGCUUUGGGCCAGUUUGAUUAUUGCUUGGUCGACCGUGGCUGCCCCGUCAGUACCCAUUUGUUUUCUGAGAUUGAUAAUAGAGAAAAGUUGUUGGAGAUCAUAAAGCAAGCAGCAAAGGAAGGUGCUUUGUUAGUGUAUACUUUAGCUGACCCUUCACUGGCUUCGGCUUCUGAGCAAGCGUGCAAGUUAUGGGGUGUGCCUUCUACUGAUGUGUUGGGACCCGUUACUGAGGCCGUUUCUACUCAUUUGGGUGUCUCUCCCUCUGGCCUUCCUCGUGGGGCCACUGGGAUGCCCCUCUCAGAUGAUUACUUUCGCAGGAUUGAAGCUAUUGAAUUCACCAUCAAGCAAGAUGAUGGGGCAUGUCCCCAGAAUCUGGCCAGGGCUGAAAUUGUUCUCACUGGGGUUUCGCGAACUGGGAAGACACCCUUGUCGAUUUAUCUGGCUCAGAAGGGUUACAAAGUGGCCAAUGUACCCAUUGUGAUGGGUGUGCAAAUGCCAAGGACUCUCUUUGAGGUGGAUCCCAAGAAGGUUUUUGGCUUGACCAUUAACCCUCUUAUCUUGCAGGACAUUAGAAGGACAAGGGCUAAAACUUUGGGGUUUGGUCACGACACAAGGAGUAAUUACGCAGAGAUGGAUCAUAUUAGAGAAGAACUUGAAUUUGCAGGAGGUCUCUUUGCUCAGAACCCUGCCUGGCCAGUCAUUGAUGUGACUGCAAAAGCGGUAGAGGAAACUGCAGCAGUUGUAUUGAGGCUGUACCAUGACCGGAAGCAUAAGUGCACAAUGCCUAGGAUCUCAAAACGCUAUUAGAGGUGAAGACUUUUUCCCUUGUUGAACUACAAAUUGUAAAGCACCAUAAUUGUAAAUCAUAAUCAUAAGCAUACAGCUUACUUUCGUGCACCAUUAUAUAUUUUAGCUAACAUGGUGAAAAGUUGCUGUCAAUUUCAAAACUUGUAUUAUAAGUAAUUUGAUUCUAAGAAAGGGGAAAGCAAGUUAAACUAA